GGGAUUUGGUGAAGCGGGGAGUUUUCUUGUAUUGUCCAAAUGAAACGUAUGAGACGUUAACAUAUUUCUUUGGCCUCAUUCGAUUUCAAAAAAGAUGUUAGUGAAAAAUCAAUGGGUGCACUGAAUAGCAGUGUUCGGAAGGAAUUCAGACCCGACUGGAUUGCGCCAACCUCGACACGUAAGGGUGACAACGUUCAGCGUAAUCGCUUAACAUCUUUUAUCCAUGACAAAUGUUUCAUCGAGAAAUUAGCAGAUUUUCCCUGGCGACGAAAGACCUAUAAAAGUUGUCAAAAGAUUAUACGACCCAGUUCCAUAGGAUCUAUUUCAUCAUCUUCCUGUACGGGAUUAGCGUUUUCGUUGUAGUACCGACAAAUAUCGCAAGAAGAUCAACGUGCUUUUUGUGAUCUCAUCAGUCGUUGGACAAGUACUGAACUUCUUGCUUUAUUGAUGGAAAUGGAAAGUGCUUGCGGAGUACGGGAGUUGGCUUCGAUGGCUGAAGAAGCGCGACCUAGCACAUCUGUUCUAGCAGCAGAUCUACUCAAUGCAUUGAAAAAUGAAAUAGUUUCUGACUGCUUUGUUACACACAAGGGAUUCCGCUAUGCUGCUCAUUCCUUUAUACUUAGAGCGCGUUGCCGUUAUUUUUCUGAUUUCUGGAAUUCACUGGUUACGCAGCGGUCGGAUGAUGCAAAAUUGGAAAUUCUCUUCACGGAUAGUAGCAUGUCAUCAGAAACAUUCCAAGCAAUGCUGUAUUAUAUUUAUUCUGGUGAAUACGAUAUAUCAUUAUGUCAUUCCGAUCGACAGUCAUUUAUUGCUAUUUUACAAAGAUAUGGUUGUGGUUCAUCGCUUUCCAGUGAUCUUAUGGCGGUGGAUUCUCAGAAAGGCGAAUGUACUUUGGUUUUUACAACAGGAAACAGAGAAGGGAGUCAUAGUGAAGGUCGUGAUUAUCGAAUGAAAUGUUCGGGAGCAGUUUUGGCAGCACGAUCUAGUUACUUGCGAUCUGUGAUAGAGAAACGUAUUUUAUGCGGUGAAGAGUUGGAAAUUGUCAUCAAUGAACAUCUUUUCCCACGCAUGUAUGCACGCAUAAUUUUGGAUGCGAUUUACACUGAUCGGUUGGAUUUGAAUAAGAUACCAGAAGGAUGUCAAGUAUCAGUAAGCAGCUUGAGUGAAGUGCAAGCAAUUGCAUCUGGACAGCGACACCUUGCUCCUCUUCGUCAUGCCAUUGAUGUAUUCCACAUAGCACAGUUUCUUAAUCUUCCUUAUUUAAUACACGCAUGCGAAGACAUUAUUGUAGCACAAAUAUCCAUAGAAACGGUGAGAAGCCUAUGGAAUUGGGCAUGCGAACCCGGUGGUUCUGCUUAUGUUCGACGUCAUUGCAUCUCAUUCCUUCGUUCCGAUUUCUCUCGAAUCUGUUCUUCACACUUACUUUUUGAGCUAGAAGAAGAUUUACUGAAGGACUGUCUGCUUUCUGACUAUGUUCAGUGUGCUGAAGUGAAAAUUCUGGAAACAGUAAUACGAUGGGGUGAACAUAAAUUGGUGCGACGAAUGGAGGAACGAGAGCCAAAUUUGAUCGCCAAUACCACGCACAGUAUUAGUAGAAAGGGUAUCCGCCGUUCUGAGUUAAACGAUGAAGAACUGAAAAGUAUUCUAACGAAUUUAUUACCUCUUAUUCGAAUCGAUUACAUUCUCCCUCCAUUCCAUCAGAGUUUGAAUGCCGCCUAUAAACGGGGCUUGUUCGACAAAUCACCACAUAUGGAUUUAUUGGGCCAACGUUAUCCAGAUAGCAGGUCGCCAGAUGUGAACCCUGAUGCACAUUGGUUUGAUCAUAGUGUACCACGUCGGCAUGCUGCCGGACCACGGCUUCUAUUACCAUAUAUUAUAGAGGUCCAGAAGCGGUUGAGACGUUUAUGUAGAAAUGAAGAAAAUGUAUCGUGCAUACGGCAACAGAAAGUUUCGUCGGCCGAUGAAUUGCAACUUUUUGUCAAUAAUCUAUCACCGGAAAUUAUUUCCGAAAGUUUAAGACUGAAGGUUGAAGAGCGUGUAAAUGAACUGGCUGGAAAUGACUUAUUGAAGAAAGUGUCCUGCUGUGGUUGUUCGUACCAUCUUGAGUUAGCCAUCCAGCAGAUUCGCCUUUGUGUACUUCGAGAACUAAAUAUUGAUGAUGAUUGCAUGGAAGUGACAUGUAUUUGUUCGUCAACGAAGCGAAAUCUUUUACCACAUUAUUACUGCAGCCAACCAACAAUAGCUGUUGCCCGUGAUGCCGUUGGUAUUGACAUCUCUCCUUCGUCCACAGCUCUUUCUGACUAUGAUAACCAUGAGAAAGGCUCUUUACCAGAUGUACUACGCAAUGAAGCCACUUUAUAAUCCUCAUGUAUUAUAUGCGAUGUAAGCAGUGCUCGUCACUACAUUUCAACAAUUAAAUGUUCUGUGAGGAACAACAUUAUAUUUUUUCAUUUUCAUUCACUUCAAAAUAUAAAAAAUGCAAACAUCUCCUAUUGUGCAACACUAAAUAUGACACAAUAUGACAUUUGUAAAGCUGUCAUUCAUUUUUCCUCUGUAGUUAGUUGCUAUAUUGUGCCGCUAGUUUUGUGUGUAUUUAACAAUUAAAGUAAAUAAAUUCUCGAAAGACAGGAUUAGUUGACUACUUUUAUUAU